UUGUAUAUAUGAUAAAACCUAUCGUGUUUUCGUGCUUAUCAGUUUACGAAAGCUUCGAUUUUAUUCCGCACCACUGCCUUGAAGAGGCAACAUUUGAUGACGGAUACGAUAAACCAGCUGCGGCAAUGGGAAAAUUUAGUCUUAAUCUGGCGAAGGUGCAUAUUGGAUCAGCAAGUAAUCUGCAACACUCAGGAUCAUGGAUGUAGGGGAUGAGAUGGAUGUUGUCGGUUUCGGGAGCAAAUCCAAUGAAUCAUCCAGGAAACAAGAGCGUGGUGUUUCUAGGCCCGCUCUCGAAGAGUACUAUGACACGUCAAAUAAGCAUCGUGGUGUUGCAUUGGUUUUCUGCCAUAUGAACUUCUCGACCAUGGCUAAGCGAAAUGGUACCGAUAAGGACCGUGAUGACAUCUGCAAUGCCCUGUAUGGCUUGGAUUUUGAUGUACGCGUAUUCGACGAUCUUAGCCGCAAAGAAGUUCUGGAGCAAUUGAAAGAAGUUUCUAAACUAGAUCACUCGGACAAUGACUGCCUGCUAGUAGUUGUCAUGUCACACGGCGAACAAGGAGUGCUCUAUGCCAGGGAUAACAAAUACAAUGUGGAUUCGUUGUGGAAGAACUUUGUGGGAAAUUCGUGUCCAUCUUUGAUUGGCAAACCAAAAAUGUUUUUCAUCCAAGCUUGUCGCGGAGAGCAGUUCGACGAAGGUGUAACUUUUGCAUCGUCAAAUGCGCCCAAAGACAUGGUAGACUCCCGUCAUGAACCGGUAUUGUAUUUGGUUCCGGCCAUGGCUGAUCUACUGGUGAUGUACUCCACUUACGAAGGGUACUAUUCUUGGAGGAAUCCACGGCAGGGUUCAUGGUUUAUACAGUCUCUCUGUACUGAGUUGGACGAGCAAGGACGGGUGCGAGACUUGUUGACACUCCUUACUGGGGUUACGAGACGAACCGCCUACGAAUAUCAAUCCUUUGUGCCACAAAACGAGAAGAUGGACGCCAAGAAACAGAUCCCCAGCAUUGUAUCGAUGCUUACGAAAACUUUUUAUUUCACUAAAAAGACUAAAAGUAAAGUAGUGACUGACAUCGAUUAGGAGUGGGAUCUCCUGUUCCUUAGUGCAUGCUGUUGUAAAAGUGUAUUUUUUUCAAAUAAACUUACAUUGGAAAUAAAGAAAGCACGCAUGCUCUUGGAAAUUGA